AUAAUGACAGAUGUCGUACGAGCACGAAUCGUACAAAUAGUGAAGGCUUCUAAACGAUCGCGAUCAGUGAAGUGAUACGCAACGAUGGAGAAUGGAUCGUUCACGGUUAGCCAGUCUUCCGAAGACACGGCAAAACAGUUCCAGGUUUAUCUGAGAAAGUACGAAAAUGAUGACAAGUUGGUGAUUCUGGAGGCCGUGAACAGGCCAGGGUCAAAACUUGGCGACAAUUACACGUCGAUGUUGAUGCGAACAAAACUUGUUGGUACACGCGGAGAUGGAAGUCCAUAUGUCAAGACCUUUAUGUGUAAAAUGAUAAUCAAAGAUCGCAACAUUAGCAAGUUGCUAGAACUUUCCGAUUUAUUCCGUAUGGAGGCACACGCAUAUACAAAGAUAUUGCCCAUCGUUGGACCAUCUUUUGGCCCUCAAUGUAUAUAUGCCGAUGAAAAUACUAUAAUAAUGGAUGAUUUAGCGGGAAAGGGAUACGUUAAUUGUGAGAGGCGCGACUUUUUAGACAUGGAUCACACUGUCUAUGCUUUAAAGAGGUUAGCCAAGCUACACGCUUCGUCUUUAAAUAUAAAGAUCAACAAUCCGCGGCAGUUUGAGAAGUUGAUUACGAAUUUGGAAGAAGUAAUCUACAAGGACAAUUCCAAAACGUCAGUAAUGAGGUCGUGUACCGAAAUGUGUAUAAAGUCAAUGUUGCAAUAUUUAGAACUAAUGGAACCGCAAACGGAGGAGUUGCAAGCUAUCAAAGAUUAUAUUAGUCCCUACGUCGAGAAAGCCUACGACACUUUACGAGGACUGUUCACCGCACCGAAGCAAAAGUAUCACGCGAUCUGUCACGGCGAUCCAUGGAUCAAUAAUCUGCUCUACCUACACGACAAGGACGGCAAGAUAAUUGAUUUGAAGAUGGUGGAUUACCAGAUAAUUAGGCAUAUCUCGCCGUCUACGGACAUCCUUUACUUUAUAUACAGCAGCGUGCAGGAGUCCUUGAUCGAGAGGAGUUUCGAGAGCCUCAUUAAGAUCUAUCACAACGAGUUUUUCAAUGAGCUCCGCAGAUUACACAUGAACGAGAAGAUUCUGGCGGAACUCGGCAUGGAGUGGCUGCAGACGGAGUUGCGAACUUACGCGCUUUAUGGCAUACUCGUCGGAUGCACGAUGGUAAAUGCAAUUUUGGCGGAGGACGAGGACGUUCAGCGAUUUGAAGCGCUAGAUUUCGGCCCUUUAGAUCCGAUUUACAGUACCGACACGAGUACGAAUAAACAGGAAAAAAUUAAUCGCGUCAGAAUCCUCUUGACUCAUUAUCACAGGAGAUUUGUUUUGGGCAUUAUUAAUGACGACAUCGAACCGAUUCCUAUUACGGGCGAUCCUUAAUAUAAGGAUCGCUCGAAAUAACUGUAAAUGAUGUCUCUUGUCACGUCAUAGUCUAAUCAAUUUAAUUUUAUUAGUGAAUUUUGGCGUUUAUCAAGUACAAAAAAAAAAUAAUGUAAUCUUGCGUUACAUAGAUAGCUUAAAUUGUUUAUAUUUAAAAAUAUAGCUAUUUUUAGAAGGUUGUCGAAUGGAAUGUUCUCUUUUUUUAUUUCAAUGUUAUCAAAUGUUAUUAUUUAUAUAAAAUACAAUAUAUUGUCCAGACAUGUGUAUUAACUGAACUUUCUUUGAAAAUUAUAUUUAUAUCGUUCGCGGGAGAUGUUACGCAAAAAUAUAUAUAUCGUAAAAAAGGAGUUCUUUGUGAGAGUAUAUAUUUUGCACAAGUAAACAUCAUUCGAGAAAUCUUAUCAUAACGCGUCGGCAGAGGACAUACAUAAAGGUAAAUAGUAUAAUUUACAUUGAUUCUACGUUGCACAAAUCAUUUCUUAACAAAGCCCCGUUGGGUAACGAUGUUCUAAACGGUGGUUUGUGCAAACGGCAUCUUUCUCACAACACAAUUUCACCGUCGAACUCGUGCCGAAAUCUAAUUCGCGACGCCCAUCUAUUUCGUCGCCGCGGUAUUAUUCCAUUAUUUCAAAGCGAUAUUCUACCGUGAUUAUUAUUACGGACGGGACCGCAUUACGGACAUCUCGGAGUGAGGUAACUCUUGAUGUUUAUUAGCCUCAUUAUUUUAUAUUACGCGAGUGAAGUUAAUAAUGCUCAUUCGAGUAAUCCGUUUGAAAGGUCAUAAAAAACGGAAUGCGGUCAAGCGAUAUCAUAUCUUUAUCGAAAUUGUUUAUUUGCACGUAGAGGCGCAUAUAUCGGUAUCAAUUUACAUCGGCUACAAUAAUGACAUCAUCGUCCGAUUACGGAUAUUCUCUUAAUACACUCCGUGUAAGUUAUAUUUAAUCGCUACAUUUAGAUUCGAUCGAGGGAGAAAAGCGCACAAAUACUAUAUUCCGAUUCGAUUUUGCAACUGCGUUCUGCGCAUAACUGUGUGGAGGAUCAGCGGCGGAUCAAGGCAGCGGUUUUAUCGAAAGUUAAAUGUUAAAUUAUACUCGGCGGCUGUGUGUCUCCUCUACAAUUUCACGUAGCGGUAAAAUGAACGGCGAGCGGAGGAGCGAUGCGAGGAGUUAUUUGAUUAGGAUGGAUGGGUACAUGCGUACGAUAAGUCGAGGUGUCAGUUUCGCAGCCUGUGCAGCCGCGGGCCAAUGUCCCAGGGCGUGGGAGCGCGUGUCGCUUAAUUGCCACACUCUUUUCUUCUUGUCCCACCGCGGAGUGUUGCAUUGUUCCGCGCGGCACACAGGCACGCGGAAACACGCGCGUGUAACACCGAGAGGAAUAUUAAGAUGCCGGAAGGACGCGUUCUCUCGCGCCUCUCGGGCGGGUUACGUGGCUCCUACCUUACUAUUGUUUCGACGACGACGCCGCCGCGCCGGUGUCCUGGGCCACCGGCCGCGUGAUAGAAAGGCCUGGAAAGACAUCGAUAAGGAUCCGCCGAUCCCGCCGGUGGAUUAAGCCUCUGACGACGUAACGUUACGUCGUCCCGAGGAAUAGGAACAUUUUUAGAAAGUCGACGAACAUCGACGUCGGACGAUUAUUAUCUUUGCUCCUAAUUCUCGCUCGCAAGUUUUUAUUCCUCUCCACGUUUGUCGAUCCAUAUUUUUCAUUAUAUACGCAGAACCAUAGUAAUUAGACGUGGCUCGUAUUGCCGCAUCUACACGAGUUACGAGUGUCAUGAAAUAUCUCCGCGAGAUCUACCAAUCUAUUGCCGCGUGUGCAAAUUUCAUUGUGUUUUUAUUUUAUUCUAUUUAAUUAUUGAUUUCUGUGAAAAAAAAACACACUUUGUCUAUUUUUAUAUGUAGAUAUAUUUCGGAGGUUUCGUGCAAAAUGCUUCAUUAGUUGAAAUAUUAUCUUCUUCUACGAUCGUAAUUGAUUUUUUUAAACGUACUUUUUGGUCCACAAUAAUGUAUUCAACUUUUGUAAAAAAUAUAUUUGGUGAAAUGUCUAACACAA